ACUUGGCUACGGGGACGGUGUUUCUGAUACACCGCUAGGCUGUUAUUUCCCGGGGAGAGGCGGAAGUGGAGACAGCGGGCUUGUGGAGGUGACCGAAUGGCAGAUAGCUGAAUAAUUUUGGAAACACUAGCUUAUAGCGGAGUUUAAAGCGAACAGAAAACAUUAUUAUUGUUUAGCUAACAGUGCUUAAACCAUGGGAGCUCACCUGGUCAGACGGUACGUCACCGAGACGGACACCGAGCCGGACCCGGCGAGGAAAUACGAGUUCGACCCUCAGUUCGGCUUCCCAGAGAGAAAAGAAAGAGAGAUGGUAGCCAGCCAGGACCAGAUGAAUUUGGCCCAGCUGCCUUUGGAGCAGAGGGACUACUGUGCUCAUCACCUCCUGAAACUCAUGAAGUGCAAGCGAGACAACUGGCCCAACUUCCUGGCCUGCAAGCAUGAGAGACAUGACUGGGACUACUGCGAGCACCAGGACUAUGUGAUGCGUAUGAAGGAGUACGAGAGGGAGAGGAGGCUCCAGCUGAGGAAGAAGAGGAUUGAGGCCCAGGCUGAAGCUGCAUGAGCAGUACUGAUUUCUUCUCUGUAUAUACCCGCUGCUGUUCACAUUAAACAAUCUUGUUUAAGCUCUA